CUCUGUAGCGGGCUGAGAAGGAGGAGGAGGAGUCGGGCAGACUGGCUGGCUGGCUCGCUCUCCCGCCCGCCAAGAGCUCGCAAUGAUCCCGGCGUGGAUUCGGGCCGUCGGCGGGGCCUGGCGCCCUUCUUGGUCCGGGGGUCGGGCGAUGCCCUCGCGGCCUCUCAGCGCCGACAACGGCCGACGGAGGAGUACCUUUGAUGUAGUCAUCAUUGGUGGUGGACUUGUGGGUCUAGCAUCGGCCAGGGAGCUUAGCCUGCGGCAUCCGUCUCUUGUUUUUGCAGUACUUGAAAAGGAGAAGGAAUUAGCUCUCCAUCAAAGUGGGCAUAACAGUGGUGUUAUUCACAGUGGAAUCUACUAUACACCUGGAUCCCUAAAAGCCAAGUUGUGUGUAGAAGGAGCUGUUCUCUGCUAUGAAUACUGUGACCAAAAAGGAAUCCCAUAUAAACAAUGUGGCAAGCUGAUUGUUGCAGUUGAACAUGAAGAAAUUCCGAGACUCAAGGCACUUUAUGAAAGGGGGACCCAGAAUAACGUCCGGGGGCUGAAACUAAUCUCUCCCAAAGAAAUACAAGCCAAGGAACCCUACUGUCGGGGGUUGAUGGCUCUGGAUUCCCCAUACACCGGCAUUGUGAACUACAGGCAGGUGGCCCUAGCCUAUGCUGAAGAUUUUCAGACAGCUGGAGGUACUGUAUGGACAGAGUUUGAGGUGGAUCACAUGGAUAUGGCAAAGGAAAGUGCUGAAGGAAGUAAAGAAGGGAUGAAAUAUCCAGUUGUUGUUAGAAAUUCAGAGGGGAAAGAAAUCCGAUGCCGACAUCUUGUGUCCUGUGCAGGACUUUACUCAGAUAGACUCUCCCAGAUCAGUGGCUGUGACCCAGAGCCCCGCAUUGUGCCUUUUCGUGGAGAUUAUUUGGUGCUGAAGCCAGAGAAGUGCUAUUUAGUUAGAGGAAACAUUUAUCCGGUACCUGAUCCCCGUUUCCCCUUUUUGGGCAUUCAUUUUACCCCACGGAUGGAUGGUAGUGUCUGGCUUGGGCCUAAUGCAGUCCUUGCAUUUAAACGAGAGGGCUACAGAUUUUAUGACUUUAGCAUUCAAGAUUUUAUAGAUGCAGCUGCUUACAGUGGCUUAUGGAAACUAGUGCUAAAGAAUUUUUCAUAUGGGAUGGGUGAAAUGUACAGAGCAUGUUUUCUAAAUGCCCAAUUGAAGCAGCUGCAAAGAAUCAUCCCUGAAGUUACCAUCAAUGAUAUUCAGAGAGGACCUGCUGGAGUCAGAGCUCAAGCCUUGGACAGUGGUGGGAAUUUGAUUGAUGAUUUUGUAUUUGAUAGUGGAACUGGAGACAUUGCUGCUCGAAUACUCCAUGUCAGGAAUGCCCCUUCACCUGCUGCUACCUCCUCCCUUGCCAUUGCAAAAAUGAUAGCCAAUGAGGUAGAGCAGAGAUUCGAAUUGUGACUUGAUGGUGGAGACUUGGGCCUCUUUGCUCCUCUUCCUCUUAGCUACUCUGACAGGCAAAGAAAAGGGCUGUUUCUUGUUUGGAAACAGAGGAUUAGAAAAAGGGAUCACCUACUAAUUUGCUAUACAAAAGCAUCAAACUUGACCACGAUCAGUAUCAUAGCACUGAAACUAUUUAAAAGGAUAGGAAGAUCCAUUAAAUGUCAUAUUACUUUGUUAAAGGAAAAUGGUGUUUAUACAUUAGAGCAAUUGGCAAAUCAGAAUCUUCCUCCUUUUCCUUAAGAGGAAGCCUUCCUUAAGGCUUGUAUCUGAAUAAAGUUCUGUUUAGAGUAAUAAGGAGGAUACUAGACCAAGAGAGCCAGUUCUGCCUAGUUCUUCUGUUUCUUAUUUACACAAAGAAUCAAUGAUGGGCUUAGCAUUUUAAAAAUACUCAAGCAAGCAAGAGAUGUGGUUGUAGACUUUUCUUCAACCUUAGAAUCAUCUGAAAAAAAGUGGAGUCAAUAAACUGUCCAUCGAUCACAGUAUCAAUAGAAAAGAAUAGUUGUGCACUGAUGAUGUUACCUGAUUGGUUAAUGAAAGGUAGUGGAUAUUAUAAAGAUAACUGAUGCCAUCUUUAGCAGAUGUUAUGCUGUAAACUUCCAGGAAAAAGGUAUCAGUCAAGCGUCUUUGGUCUCCAGUUUUUAUUUUUAGCAAAGGAAUGCUGACAAAAAUACAAGUAGCUGUUGGCCAGAAGCAAAGUACUGCAUUAUCCUUACCAAACUCAUUGAAGAAAAGGACAGCAGGUUCCAAAUACUGGUAGUAAAACAUGGCUUUUGUCUUUCCGUGUAAAUAUUGCCUCUAUGGUUUGUCUCUAGGUUGUUUUUUUUCCUUCUGCUUUCUCAUUGCUAGAAAUUAGGCCAUUCUUUAAAUUGCUAGCUAAUGAAUCAGAGAUCAUUUCCUGAUUUGAUAUGCAUACAGUCUUUCUUUUCUAGAUGGCCCAAACAUGUCAGUAUUUAUGUGACUGAAUUUAGUACAUUCUUUUAAAAUAAAAGUUAAUGGAAUAUGAUGAGAUAAAAGCAUUGAUCCAAACCAUAAUUAGAAGUCAUAUAGAACUUUAUAUUUUAGUCAAUAAUAAAAUAUAAAAAGCAAUGCAUAAAUGUGGGGGUGAUGAACAAGGAAAUUUUAAAUGAGUUUCUUUUUAACUGGAUUUUAAUCUACUGUACAUUAUUUUCUGUUCAUCUUCAAAUAGAAUCAUUGGAAGUUCCAAACGUCUUUUUCUGAAACACUAAAAUCUCCAUACAGGUAGUCUUUGAUUUACGACUACAAUUCAGCCCAAAAUUUCCAUUGCUAAGUAAAGUAGUUGUUAAAUGAGUUUUGCCCCAUUUUAUGACCUUUCUUGCCAGAAUUGUUUAAGUGAAUCACUGCAGUUGUUAAGUUAGGAACAUAGUUAUUAAGUGAAUCUGGCUUUCCCAUUGACCUUGCUUGUCAGAAGGCUGCAAAAGAUGAUCACAUGACCCAGGGACACUGCAACCAUCAUAAAUAUGAGCCAAUUGCCAAGCGGCUGAAUUUUGAACAUGUGACCAUGGGGAUGUUGCAAUAGUGGCAAGUGUGAAAAUGGUCAUAAAUCACUUUUUUCACUACCAUCGCAACUUUGAACGGUCACUAAAUGAACUGUUUAAGUCAAGUACUUGUAUAUGUAAUAAACAUGAGACUUGACUUCCCUUUUCUAACCAUUCCACUCCCAUCCCAAUUAUCGAGAGGCUGUGUGUUAUUAAGCAAGAAAGUUAAACCUAGAAGGCGAAAUGCCUGCUACACAGAAGUAGAUAGAAAUUUCUAAAAACAUUUUCACGUAGUACAAUUUUUUGCCAAUAAGUUUUUGGUCUGGGUCUUGAUCCCAUCAGACUGCAAAACAAAUAAAAAUGGUUAAUUGUCAAAAGUCACAUUUGAUGGAGUAUAAAGAAAAAAUUUUCAAUAAUGUUUCAGUAAUGAAAUUCCUAAUGAGAUAGGGUAGUAGUUUUUAUUCUGGUAGGAACUGUGGAAUCACCUGUUGGGAUACUUCAAUUAGGCUUUCUGCAUUGAGCAGCCCUGAACAGAAUUUCUGUACUCUAGACUUCUUGAUCUAGAUUUGGAUUUACAUGAACAGAAAACUACUUUGCUUAUUUGGCAAAAACUAGUUAUCUUGUUAGGCAGCAAAUAAUAAAUGUUUUCUACUGCCCCUCUAACACCACAUAAAAUGAGACGAGAAGGUAUUCAGAAUGUGAUAUUUGUCUCUGUAAUUGAAGCAAAUAUUUAUGUUCUUAAUGUUAUUUUAUUUUCAUGUCAUUUCAUAUUUCAUUAUUAUCUGCCACUAUGCUAGAGAUUUCCAUUUUAAGUAUGGAACACACAGCUUCUGACCAGUGGUGAAAUCCAAAAAUUUUUUUACUACUGGUUCUGUGGGUGUGGCUUGCUGGGCGUGACAGGGGAAGGAUUCUUCAAAAUUUCCAUUCCCACUCCACUCCAAGGGAAGGAUACUACAAAAUCACCAUUCCCUCCCCACUCCUGGGAGAAGGAUAUUGCAAAAUCGCCAUUCCCACCCCACUCUGGGGCCAGCCAGAGUUGGUAUUUGCCGGUUCUCAGAUCUACGCAAAAUUUCCACUACCAGUUCUCUGAACUGGUCAAAAUUUCCACUACCAGUUUUCCAGAACAUGCUGGAUUUCACCCCUGCUUCUGACAUUAGAAAAUCCACAACCUAGCAGUUUAUAGUCUUUCCCGAAAACGUGUGUGGUUUAGAACCUUGGUCAUCUAUAGGAUUCUUUGAUGUAUAGGAUUCCACUUAUAGCAUAUUUAUAAAUUCUUUAAGCUAUUAAACAGUUUACUAUCUGA